AUGCCGGUACCUUUUAUUGGGCGGUUAAAUCCCACCGAGUACGUCGCUCUGGUGGGAUCUUUCUGUCUCGUCGGCCUCGAGGCCAUUAUCCGAAUCCUGACCCUCGCCCUACCUAAUUCCUUGCUCCAACUCUUCUACGGCGCUUCACGACGACUCUUUAACAGGUACACGUCGCCAAAGCAAAAGAAAGCCCAGGAACAUCGCAAGUCUUUAUCAACCUCGAUUCAGAAUGCUUCCGAUUUCGUUGAUCUAUGCGCCGCCUUCGGCUACACCGCAGAGGAACAUGUCGUCCAGACGAAGGAUGGAUAUCUCCUGGGUGUCCAUCGUCUAGCAUGGCGCAGGGGCGAGGAAGACAUGAAGGUCAACAGUGGGCCCAACGGCUUGAACGGCUUGAGAAAGAAGGUCAUCUAUAUGCACCACGGGCUUCUGAUGAAUAGUGAGGUCUGGGUUUGCCUCACAGAUCCUCAGCGUUGUCUCCCAUUUGUCUUGGUGGAUAGGGGGUACGACGUCUGGUUGGGCAACAACCGAGGAAACAAGUACUCCAAGAAGUCUAUCAAGACAUCACCGCAAAACAUCGACUUCUGGAACUUUUCCAUCGAUGAGUUUGCUUUCCACGAUAUUCCAGACACCAUAUCGUACAUCCUAGAGUCCACCAAGCAGCCCUCGCUCUCCUACAUCGGCUUUUCUCAAGGUACUGCGCAGUCUUUUGCCAGCUUGGCCAUCCACCCGAAGCUUAAUGAGCAGGUCAAUGUCUUUAUCGCGCUCGCCCCAGCCAUGUCACCCGCUGGCCUGUCCAACGGCAUUGUUGACGCCCUGAUCAAAGCCUCGCCCCAGGUUUUGUUUCUCCUUUUCGGCCGACGCUCCAUCCUUGCUUCGGCUACCAUGUGGCAGUCUAUCCUCUACCCUCCUAUUUUCGUCCGCCUUAUUGACAUGGGUCUGGACUUUCUGUUCGGAUGGAAAGCCCGGAACAUCUCCAUGUCGCAGAAGCUCGCUGCAUAUCCUCACUUAUACUCCUUCACCAGCACCAAAUCCGUGGUCCACUGGUUCCAAAUCAUCCGCAACAAGUCCUUCCAAAUGUAUGAUGACGAUGUGCAUCCACCCCUCAGCAAUGCGAGCAAGUACACCAAGGUCGCCAAAUAUCCAACCCGCAACAUCAAGACGCCCGUUGUGCUUGUCUACGGAGGCAGCGAUUCCUUGGUGGACAUCAAGGUCAUGCUGCGCGAACUUCCCAACAGAACUGUUGCCACCGAGAUCCCUCACUACGAGCAUCUGGAUUUCCUCUGGGCUCGAGAUGUCGAUACGCAGGUGUUCCAGCAUGUCUUCGAUGCGCUCGAUAACUUUACCGAUGCCGAACACUCCAAGGAGGAGUUUGAAAGCUACCGCCGUGCUCGGCACUUAAGCUUAGGUGCUUCGGCAUCCUUUCGACAUCACCGAUACCGCAACAGCGACGCCUUGGAGUCCGAUUCCGCAUCGGGUACCGGUCUGCUUGAAAACAAGCCGGAUCCUGCCAUGGCGCACCAUGCCCGGGAGAACAAUGCCAGCCCAGCAUUGACCGCUCCCGAAUCCCUCGUAACCGACACGUCAGGCACGACUCUGACGAACCUUGAUCCAGAGCCAGAGCCAGAGCCCGAGCCAUCCUACGCUCGGGUUGCCGCCGAAACCCCGCCACCAAGCUCACCCAGUAGAGUUACCUUUGAUCGUGGUGUGGAAACCCCUGUGCGCCAACAACGCGAUACAAGGAUACCAAGUCCCACUUUUAGCAAUGUCGCACGAGGCUCCCAUAGGAGACGAGGCAGCACAGCAAGUAAUCUAAGCUUCGACUCGCCAAAGGAUGGCAGAGGCAAGGGUGGUGGAAUCAGAAUAGGCACUUCAAAACCUAUUGGGGGCUUGGUCUCCGGCGCAAGCAGUAACGCUGAUUUGACCGCCAGUAGUGGGGACGAGGGAAGCCUAUCCAGGAAAGACCAGUAG